GUAUUUUCAGUUCCAGUUGAGUAUUUUUGUUAAAGCGAUCAUGUUUGAGAAUUGAGAUCUAAAUUUUAAUUUGUGUACGUUUGUAUCGCGUAGCAUAUUGUGCUUUCUUCUUUUUAAUUACAUUUUUUACUCUUGAUUGCUCAAUUGAGUGCACCUUUUAAAAUAUGCUUUGCUUAGUUUAACGCCGAAACUAAAAAUCAUUCAAAAAAUCUAUUAAAAUAAGAGAUGCAAAAGAAAAGUUAAAUGUUCAUAAAUAUUCCUGUUAAAUUACGUCGAUAAGAUGUCUGGACCUAACAACCACUCUUACAAAUUAAAUGGAAAUUUCAUAAACGAAAAUUGCAUUGUUACAUCGUCUGGAAACAAGAGCCAGCAGAAUCCGCAUUUAAAGGCACACCAACAAGGCCAAAAGCAAGUGGCAAAACAGCAAAGCAGCACAACAAAUUCUCAGCCCAUAAAUCAGCAGACGGCAACAAACGGCCAUACGCAAAUUCAAACUUUGGCUACAGUACAUCAUUCAAGUGCUGCAGUACCGCAACUAACUAGUAAUCAGCACAUUCAUCAACAACAACAAAGAUUGUCGAAGGGCGGCGUCGGCAACGAACCGGCACACACAAUUCCUCCGCGCUAUCAGCCGCCUCCACAACCUUCGAGUGGCAUUUUGAAACACCUUUCGGGUGGAAAAUCUACCUAUUAUCCAACUACAUCAUUGGAUCUAAAUUCUCAUUUUAACAUAAAGUAUCCGCCAGACAUUCCAAAACUAUCAUCGGUUUAUGUACCAGAUUCAAUUAAAGCACAAGGCAAUCCAUCUCGAUUUAUUCAACAGCGCCCUAUUCCCCAACACCGAGGUCAGUUAUUGAUUUCCACAUCACAGGAUCAGGAUAAUAUUUUGCGUCUUCAGCAACAGCAACAAGAAAUGCUUAAAUUUGUCAGAAAAUCGGACCAGGAUUCAAAUACACAAGGGGUAACGCCAACUGGUAUUCCAUCUACGGUCAGACUAAGUUCAGAACCGAGCCGACAGCUGCAGCCUUUAAUAACAGAACUUCGUGCAUUGAAAGAAGCCAACCAAAGAUUGGUGGAUGAUAAUCAAGAACUAAGAGACCUUUGUUGUUUUUUAGAUGAUGAUCGACAAAAAGGUAGAAAGCUAGCAAGGGAAUGGCAACGUUUCGGAAGAUACACAGCUAGUGUUAUGAGGCAAGAAGUCUCAGCGUAUCAGACAAAACUUCGACAGCUUGAUGACAAACAACAAGAACUUAUUACAGACAAUCUUGAGCUUAAAGAGUUAUGUCUUUAUUUGGACGAAGAGCGAGCGCACAUUGCUACAAAUUCAAUUUGUGCCAAUUGUAGCACUCCAGUACGUGGGACCUUACGUGAUGAUGGCGAUGGCAGUAGUUCCAGUACAAAUGCAGAAGAAACAAUAUCAGCUUUACGCAGCUAUGAACGUCAAUAUCCUGAUGUUCACCUAAGCUCUACACUGAACGAUCAGACUCUUCAAUACGUCCGGUCUUUGGAAAGGCGAAUUCAACAGCUAGAAGAAGAACGUAUGUCUGGUUCAGAGAAUGUUUCGCAGCGCACACCUGAACCUAUCCCUGGAAGACCUGAAGCUGUUAUUCGAGCCUUACAAGUUCUGGAAGUACGAGAACAGUUGGAGCGAGACCGUUUUGGUAAUUUAACUGGAAUGCCAAUAGAACACAUGGACGAUGGAGAGAAAGCUAUUGUAAGAGAAAUGUGCAACGUUGUAUGGAGAAAAUUAGAGAGCAGCACAAAUGACCCGUCAAUGGAAGAAUAGUUGCAUGUUCUAACAUUUAAUGCAUAGCUUAAUAAAUUAUAAGUUUUAAUAUUACAUAUAUACAAAACAUAUUUAUUUAUUUUAUCAUUCCUUUACCAUAAAACGUUUAUAUUUGUUUAUUAAAAGAAUAAGUUUUCUGUAAAAUAUUUAAUAAUAAAUAAAAAAACAAAAAUAUUAUGUUCGGCAAAAUAAGAGAACUCUCUUAUACAAGGUGUCCCAAAAGUAAUGGAUCAAACGAAAUAUGCUGAUAGGGGAACUUAAGGGCUCUCAGAAUUUGGUAACUUGUUCAUCCCAAAUCCUUACGGUUUUUGAUUUGAUGCAAUUCUUGUGAAAUUUCGAAAAAUCCCUACUUUGCAACAGUAUUUUGCUUCCUGCGCCCAUUAUUGAUUUUUGUUUUUUAAAAUUCUUUUACAAAAACAUUGGCAAAUAAUU